CUCAGCCUUCUGAACAUCGGAGGAGCGAAGAUCAGCGUCUUCAGACUCGGCAUCUCUCGGGUCCACAUGGCAACUGCAGUGAUGAAUGUAGGUAUCUGUGUGUGUGUUCUCCUGGCUGCUUUGUCAAGCAGUUCGCUGAGUCUGCCCUCACAGUCCAUGUCACAGAGAGCCGAGGGCGAGGCUCUCGUGUCGGACCACCUGCCUCCCCCCUCGUCCCUCUACACACGCCGGGCCCGCUCGGCCGCGGCGCCCCCCUCAGGGCGCCUCGAGAACUACAACCAACUCCAGGAGGAAGCGAACGCUCGAAGCAGCCUGAGGCAACUGCUGGCCCGACUCAUGUCCAGGAAAGGCUCCCCCCCUUACGAGACCAGAUCCUCCCUCACCAGCAGAGCCAGUGGUCUGGCCCCCGGCCACAGGAUAAAGGACCGAGACUACGAAGGCUGGAUGGACUUUGGCCGGCGCAGUGCAGAGGAGUACGAGUACCCCUCCUAAAGGCGCGGCUCGCUUUUAGCCUGAAACCACCUGAGUUACAUUCCCCACUAUCGCCGCCCAAUAAAGAGCCCACACAAAAAAUAAUGAGCCCUUUUUCACACUGCACUUACUGUAACCAAGGGCUGACUCGACUGGACCCCCCAGAGUGAGUUUAGCAUCAUAAUAUAUAGGGUGGAAGGAGGUGGGGGGGGGCAUAUCUUGCAAUCUGUGGACCCUGAAUCGCCAAAGUAAAGAAUUGUAUUCAAGCACAAAUGUUACAGAUGAUGCUGACAAUAUUAUAUGUUGUUGUUGUUGUUGUUAUCGUCAGGAAAUCCUAAAGAAAUAUGUAAUAAAUUUUUUGGUAAUUGGAUCAAAAGUGC